CGUCUGAGCAUAUCGUAUAUAUAGUUCCGUCCUUUCCCCUCAAGCACACGGUAACUAUGAAGCUGGCCUAGCGAACUUAUCAUCUUGGACUAUUCCGGCCGUGCCAAACUCACGGAUGUAUGGUACUCCUUAGUCACAUACAUCUCGUAGGUACCCGGCGGAUAGUUCUUCUUGGAUACUGUAUUCAAGGAUGGCAGAGACAAAAUCGCGGUGCUCUCGACCAUGGGAGGACAUGAGCAUCAUAGGCAUUGCCGGGAGCUCAGGAUCUGGAAAGUCGUCCGUCGCUGCGGAAAUCAUCAAGUCCCUGAAUCUUCCCGGAGCGGUCAUACUGGUCAUGGACCACUUCUACAAAAGCCUUACCCCCGAGCAGAACGCUAUCGCCCACCAGGAUGAAUACGAUUUCGACUCUCCCGAUGCCAUCGAUUUUGACGUCUUGGUACAGACUCUUCAAAAUUUGAAGCAAGGUCUCAAAGUCGAAAUCCCCAUUUACUCUUUCACAAAGCACCAGCGAGAGGAAGCAACAGUCUCCCUUUACCCACCCCGGGUGCUUAUUUUGGAAGGAAUUCUAGCCUUUACAGACCCAAGAAUAGUGGAUAUGUUGGAUAUUAAGAUCUUUGUGGAAGCGGAUAUGGAUGUCUGCCUUGGGAGAAGGAUUGCGCGAGACGUUCGAGAAAGGGGCCGGACACUUGAAAGCGUACUUAAACAGUGGUUCAAGUUUGUUAAACCGUCGUACAACCGGUUUGUGGAGCCCCAGAGGCAGAUUUCAGACAUAAUUGUCCCCCGAGGAAUAGAGAACAAAACAGCUAUUGAUAUGGUUGUCAAACAUAUCCAUCGCAUUAUAACCGGAGCCGCGCAGCGCCACAACCCCGAAACGAGGCCGAAUUACCAACGUCGGCUGUCCCACUAAAUGGUUAAGUCUUGCUUUUUGUUGCAAAAUCUGGGUUAGAUAACGGAUUUCCAAUACCCUGUUCUGGCUCAAAACGUGUAACCGUUUUAAGACGGCAGUCUUUUGCUGGGACGACUCCGUAUUUGGCUGUUCCGCUCUCAUUUCACAAGAAGGACCACGAUAGUGCCGCUUUAUGGCCGGUUCUGCCAAAUUGACUGCCAGUCGUCUUGAGUCCUAUGUUACUUGUUGAGCGUGGCGAGAGAGGAGUAGGAGGAACUAGACUUAGAGCAAGGUGGACACGCCCACGAUUUGGCAGACUGG